UGGAGGCAAACAUGUAACGCUACUUCAGGUUCUAAGACAAGCCGACGAAAAUCUGUGCAGUUAGUUUAAUCUAACACAAAAACACAAUACCAGCAUGCCACUUGGAUCAAAGCCGAUUUGCUCCACGUGUAAAACGGGAAAUUCGGCGAUAUGGAGAAAGGGAGGAGACGGAGAAGUCCUUUGUAAUGCAUGCAGUUUAAAAAAUGGAGGAGCGAACGGAAAAGACGGUAACGGAAGCAACGGGUCUGUUAUCUUAGUGAAAUCCAAUGGAAGUAACGGAGGAGCUGGUCCAGUUCUGAGGAAGAGUGCUAGGAUAAAACCAUCCAAACACAAGUUUCAAUCCGUCACCAAGGCAGUGGCCACAAAAGGAAAAAGCCGGAGAAUAAUUUUCAAGAAAAGUCAACCAGUGAAGGCCCCUACAGCUAUUUCAACAGUCAUCACCGGAGACAGUGUUUUCCAUGAUGGAAACUACUUUCAGGUCGGAGAUAUAGUUUCUUUGGUGGACCACGACACAUCUGUUUACUAUGCACAGAUUCGAGGAUUCAUGAAGGACCAAUACAACGAAAAAAGUGCCAUUAUUUCCUGGCUUCUGCCGUCACAAAGUAGUCCAAAGGAUAGGUUUGAUCCUGCUACUUAUAUAUUAGGACCAGAAGAAGAUCUUCCAAGGAAAAUGGAAUUCAUGGAAUUUGUUUGCCAUGCGCCUUCUGACUAUUUCAAAUGUAAAUAUGGUCCAUACCCUACAAUUUCUCGUGAUCCAAAUUUGUGUUAUGUGUGGACAAACAUUCGACAGCCCAUACAGGUUCACUCAAACAUAGAUGAUUUGUUCACAAUAAAAGAAAGGACAAAAGACUCGACAAUGAUUAAGAAAACUGUUAAAGAGAGAGAUGGUGCAAAGGGAAAAGAGAAAGUUGAAACAGAGUGAAUUGUAAUGGAAGAAUUUUUAUGUACAUACGUCUGUCUGUUGGCAUUAUUAAAAAAUACUUUAAAAUGU